AUGGCGACGCAUGAUGCUGUUAUUUUUAAGGCCGCGUUUGCUGCUUGCCUGUUACGUCCAGAUCCUACUUCGGUCCCUCGAGAUGAGAUAAGCUCCUUCCAUAUCUCCCUCGAGCGCGCGCUGUCACAUUGCUCCCCAAGCAAUAUUCAGACCUGUAAAGCCUGGCUGCUACAAUUUGUUGCGUUUUCAUCCAAUAGGGUAGGGGGUCUGGUCAAUUACCUGGAAGCUCUCGCGGCGUCCUUCCCAUCACAGCCCACUGGAUCCAAACUUUCACCAAAGCGCCAACGCCUCCACAUACUGUACUUGCUCAAUGAUCUGUUGCAUCAUUGCAAGUACCACCUAGGCACCCCUACAACCUUGUCCACAGUGAGCGGGUCCCUGCAGCUACAUCUCGUGAACUUGGUCGGCUACGCAGCGACCUGUGAUCGCCAAAAGAACCCACGGCACCAUCGACGGCUAGACGAUCUCCUCGACAUCUGGUCUGAGCACGAAUACUUCCAUCCCGAUUUGGUCGACAAGCUCCGGGAAGUUGUGACCAUGGGAGUCCCUAUGGAUUCCAACGAUGCGGCCAAUGGGCUAAACUCAACCAAGAAGUCCCGCAAGAACGUGCCAUUUGUCAUGCCAUCUACACAUGGAGACCCAUCGACCCCUUGGCACGAAGUUCGUGCGGGCAACAUUUAUCCCCACAUUAUCCCCAACUCCACUAUUCCCAUCCGACCUGAUGCCACAAAACCGAUCCAAUUACUCGCAGGACCUGCCGACGCAAAGUCGGUAGAAGCUCUCCAAGCCUUUCUCAGUGAUGUGGACAAGCUCUUUGACCCGGAAGCCCCUGCGGAUGAUAGCCAUACAUACCUCGAUCAGCUGGGUCAGACAGUGAUCCGGGGUGAGAACACAGGCGAUAUCCUCGAUGGCACACACUAUCACGGAUGGUCACUUGAAUUCUGUCAACCCGCCGAUACAGAAACCGACGAUUCGCGUGGCCGAAGCCGUAGUCGUAGUGAAUCACGAAUUGAUAACAAGCGCGGACGCUACAGCGACAGCUCCAUCAGCCAGUCCGAGUCACGAUCUCGAAGUGGACCACGAACAUACCGACGUGAUAUCCAUCGUCGCGACGUAUCAAACAGCCGUCCUGCACAGCGCUCCCGAAGCCGCGAAAGUUCAUACACACCUCGAGAACCAUCCACUUCACACUUCCCGCCCCCUCACCAACCCCAACAUCCUCCCGCGCCCUUCAACUCAUUCCCCACUACUCAUGCCCCCAGUGGACAGUACUCCCACCCUCCCAUGGGUCCCAACACUGGCUAUCCUCAAGUGCCUGCACCUAACUACGGUUCUUGGCCUCCGCCUCCUCCGCACAUGCCAACAAUGCCAUUCCCCCCACCCGGACCAGGGUCCUCCUCGGCCUUCCCCCCUCCAUACCACCAUCCUCCUCCCAUGCCGCACGGACAGAACCAGGGACAAAACCAGGGACAGCGACAGGGGUACGGUAUGCCCCCGGGUCAGUACCACUUCCCUCCUCCCUACUCCGGCGGUCAGCAGGGUGCGCCAUGGGGACCUCCUCCUCCUCCCCAGGGUGGGCGUGGGUGGUAA